GUCGGAAGAGACUUGCAAGUUGUGUGUGACAUGAACUUGAAGUGACCUGACACUGUCACAGAAAAAUAUCAUUAACGUCUAUUAACGCACAUAGGCGUCGGUUUCACUGAACGAGUGUACCGUGUAGGUAUCGAGCUCACUAUCAACCAUGGCGUCGUCAUCGUCGUCCGCAGCGCCCUCACACCCCGUCAUAUUUACGACUCAAACACCCUAUGCACUCCCCUCCCAAAAAUUUAUGAUCCCCUUGGACUGGAAACGCUACCAGCUCUCCCAACUCAUCAACAAAGCACUUGACCUCCCCAAGCCUAUUCCAUUUGACUUCCUUGUCCAUGGCGAGAUUCUUAGAACAUCCCUUUUGGAAUGGCGUGCUGAGAAGGGUGUUGGAGAGGAAGAUACAUUGGAGAUCGAGUAUUUCGAGAGUGUGAUGCCUCCUCAGCGCAUGUCCGAGCUUCCACAUGAGGAUUGGGUAUCUUCAGUAUCAUGCCGAAUACCUCAACACUUCAUAUCAGCGUCAUAUGACGGUCACCUACGUCUCUUCGACUAUUCGCAAAAUCUGGUUCUCGACGCCUCUGCGCACCAAUCACCCAUCACUUCCGUCUGCGUUGUACCAUCCUCGUCACCAGACACUGAGUCUCACAUUCUAGCAAGUUCGUCGCAUGACCUCACUGCGUGUCUUACGCGCAUAUCUCUGAGCCCAGAGAGUCCCAUUGCAUCCACUGUUGCUUCUCUGCAUCUCCACACAAGCCCACUAUCCUUUAUAUCUACUGAUGCAUCUGGUUCGCAUCUCCUCACCUCUUCGUGGGAUGGUCUCAUCGGUGUCUGGGACACCUUAAUACCCGAUGACCACCAAAAAAAGCGGCGUAAGACCGCCCCCGCAAACAUAAAACGGAAAGCACCAACAGCAGUGCUAAAAUCGCACACUGCACGCGUGUCAAAAGCAUUAUUUGCUGCCGGUGAACUUGCAAAAGGUAAGGCGUACAGCUGUGGCUUUGACUCGACUGUGCGAACCUGGGAUGUCGAAAGUGGUGUGUGUAUAAAUACUAUUAACGUCCCUGAGCGUCCGAUGCUCGAUCUUGCUGAAACCCCGGACGGGAACGUCCUCCUUGCUGCAUCCACAGACCGCACCGUGUCCAUCUUCGACCUCCGUAUUUCGUCCCUCUCAUCCUCCACAGGCAUUAUGAUGCACCCUGCGACUCCAUCCUGCAUUGCCACAUCUGAAAGUGGGAAGCGUCAGGUUGUCACUGGCAGCUAUGAUGGCAUUAUGCGGUUGUGGGACCUGCGGAGCACGAAAGGCGCUGUGACCAGUUUCAGGGUAUGGGAUAGGAUGAAGGUGCUUGCGGUGGAUUGGGUUGGGGAUGUGGUGGCCAUUGGAGGCGAGGGCGGGAUGGAGGUGUGGCGAAUCGCUGGGGGAUCUUAGAUUUAUUCAAAAAUCCAAUCGUCUGGAACUGGAUUGAGUCGCCUUGACUUUAGCACAUUGAGGCCAGAUAUCCGGAAAAGCAUGGCAGGAUGCAAAAUUCGUCAGGUGUGCACUUCUUACUAUGAGUAAUACUUUCAUGUCGUGCAUCCUAGGCUGUGAACUACAUGAGAGGUCCCAAGUAGACCUGGCGUUUAAUGUUUUUGAACACUAAAGCACCAAUAAAUAGCGAGUUAUUCAAA